AUGGCCAAACUGCUACUGUUUUCUUCUGCCAGUGGACUCUACAGUUGCCCUUUGGCUAUGACUGAUGGAGCUGCAAAAAUUGCUGAAAUGCAUCAAGAAGAUAACUUACAUUUGAAAAAAGCUUUUACUCAUCUCACCAGUAGAAAUCCUAUUGAAUUCUGGACAUCAGGCCAAUGGAUGACUGAGCGCCAAGGAGGUUCUGAUGUUGCGGCUUCCACAGAAACAAUUGCCAAAAAAGAAGAUGAAGAAGAUUUUUACAGACUUUUUGGCAAUAAAUGGUUCACAUCUGCCACUGAUGCAAACAUUGCAUUCACCUUAGCUCAUAUUGUUGGAAAAGAUGGACAGCUCUUACAAACCUUGAAUGCUGCAGUCAGCAACCCUCAUUUCCUUGUGCCAGGAGCAAGAGACUUUGCCUUCAGCAUUGCAAGAAUCUACAUAUGUGCCUUAUUAAUAAACCAUGCCAGUAGCUCAGAAGCCACAGAGUCAGACAUUAUGACUGCGUUUUAUUGGUCUCGGGUGAAUCUGACCCCCUUUGUUGAUGGAAUCAACCGAUGUACCUAUGACCAGAAAUAUUGUAAGGCUGAAUAUGAUAUUGUCUUCAACAAUCUCACACCUAAAACCAUGGAGAUGAUGGCCAAAGUUGAAAAGAAAAAAAAUUGCAAGUAA